AUGCUUCAUUCAUUCAGUCACCUCCCUUCCACACUUGUGCUGCUUCUCGGCAUCCUCACUUCCUUUGGGACCGCCAACGGACGAGUCAUUCGAAAAGACAAUAGAAGAUUACCUCGCGGCGAAGACAUUUUAACUUUUGGAUCGUUCGAGGACCUCGUAGCCCACCACAAUGCGGUGAUCGUAGACGUGACAGUCGCCGCCGAAGUAUAUAACAAUAGUACUGCGACCGAUCCGACAAACGAUGCGGAAACCGCCAAUUACACAGUUACCAAAAGGGCCAAUGAGGUCGAAACAAUUGGUAAUCUGCACGAGUAUACCUGGGAUUGGGUCACCAAGACUUGCGUAGCCAUUACGGUGUCAACGGCAACAUUGGCAGUAUCAUCAGGAUUCCUCUUGAUCGCUUUAAAGAACUAUAGAAAGAUGGCAGCCAUCGUGACAGGUGACGGGGUAAACCCGGCAACUUUACCACCUGCCGGUGGUGGUAGAGGCAGAAGGGACAUUGAUAGUAGCAGUAAUGUCACGUACGCUAGGGUAGAAACAGAAUUUGUCAUUGACGACGUUAAGAGAACCACCCAUCCAAUCCAAUUGCUCUAUAGCAUCGACAACGAUAACGGUUUGAUUCAAUUAGAUCAGGCUUAUGUCGAUCUAGGGGUCACCAGCGGUCAAGGAAAUGAACUCAAGAAACGAGUCGACGAAUCCCAUGAGAUCGGUGUCGGUUUCGAUGGACCUGUCAUCCAAUUCAAUGGUAAUGAAGGAUAUUAUAAGUCUACCCAAGAAACUUUUUUGAGACAAAUCUUCAAUACUGGUAGUGAAGGUUGCAAGCAAGAUUUCGCCUGUGGACCUCAAGGUUGUAUGGGUAUGGCGAUUCAAGCUUCCUCAUAUUAUGGCUUCAAUGUCAGAAAUCUCUGGGGAGGGUGUUACGGCGUUUCAAGAGACUGGAUCAAUUAG